AUGGGGAACUGUCUGCAGAGGAAAACAGGGUGGAAGCUGGACACUCAGGAGACACAUUGGAAUAUGAGACUUCAAAAUGCCAAGCAGCAGACCUGCAGCUAUUUCAGGUGCUGGAGUUGCUGUCAUAUCGUUGAAGGGUGCUCCUGCCUUCCUUGGAAAAACAUAAGCAUGUUUAAAGUCAGACAAGAGUCCCCAAAGCAAAAUGAAGGGAUGACUUCAGCUCCUAUGCAGGACAAUGCUGACCAGAUCUACACAGAGGAGUUAUGCUACAUCCUUGUUGAUCACAAGGCCCUCCGGGGAAGGCCAUCAGACCGCUCUGCCGAGGGGUUCUAUGAGAACGUCUCUAGCAAGGCUGAGAGACACAGAGAGUCUUCAAGAGGAGUCGAGACGGAGUAUUCAGUUCUCCGUUUCCCUUCCACCCCUCAGCCGCCACCUCCGGCGGACGGUGAAUAUGAACUUCUUGUGCCUAGCAGACUCUCCUUCCAUGCCCGUCAGCAGCCACGGCCACUUACGGCCUCCUUUGAGACUCACUUUUCUCAUCUACAGUGA